GCCUGCACUUGCUCUAUUAUUUCGUUGCUAGCCGGCUGCUUGGUUAGCCCAGUGAUGGAAGCCGCCAGAUGAUAACCAAGGGUGCUCUAAAUCUCGACCGUGUCCUCUUAAACACCUCAAGCUCUCCACAACCUGAUCAGCUUGAGCAAGCGCGUUUAUAAGAAGAUUCGUGCAUCACGGCCCCGAUGCUACCUCACGCUCAACUGCAGGGCAACGGUCGAGCCCCGCUCCAUCCGAUUCACGAAUCCUUUCUCGACGGCGAGGCUGAUACCUUCGAAACGCCACAAACAUCGGAUGGCCUUGGAUCAAUCACUUUCACGGCUCAAGGCCACAGUCGAGCUAUCGGUGCCGUUAUCCAACACUACAACGGCCCCACGUUUCAACACUACGAUAGCAACCCUAGACAGGAUUACUCUCCCGUUUUAGAGUGGUUAUGGCCUCGCCCGGAAGUUACCAAGGCAAACCCCGCACUAGCGCAAUAUAAAAAGCAAUACAUCAUUCAUAAGUCUGCAUCUGAAGCCAGAAAAGGUCAAAUCAGCCCAUGGAUUUUCAAGCGGCCUUCUGGAGACGCCUUUGUCGACUGGCUUGAGAGCACUGGCGGCAACCUUUGGCUCUGGGGCAAGAUCGGCUGUGGAAAAACAGUGCUCUUCUCCGCAAUCGUCAAACACAUCGAAUCCCUCCGAAGAACCCAGAGAACCAUACGGCUCUGCUACUAUUACUGUCGGUUUCAGAACGACGUGGAAGGGGAGUUGAUUUUAUUGCUUCGCAAAUGGCUUGUCGAGAUCAGUGAGAAGAGCGCCGUGCCUAGUGCGCUGCAAACACUCUAUGAACUCUGUCACGAGUCAUACCCUGCUCGAGAUCCCACUUCAGAGGAAUUGGAGGAAGUUCUUCUUGAAGUUCUCCGCGCGAAUGAUACAAACGCAUCAAGGCAAGCCAAAACGAGAAUCGCAGACCCAGAAAGAAGGUUCUUCCUUCUAGUGGAUGCCUUGGAUGAAAUACCUUCGAGCGACGAUCAAAGUCACCAAGUGCUAGAGAUGCUAUCGCGAAUCGCGAGUGCAAGGCUGCAUAACACCUUCAUUUUUGUCACUAGUCGAGAUCGUUCCGACAUUGGAGAAUACCUGAAGCCAAUAUUCGUAGACCUGCGCAUGGACUACGACGCAGUCGACGAAGACAUCGGCGAGUAUGUCCCGCGCGCCAUUAUGGCAUGCCCUGGUCUCAAUCGGCAAUCGGCGGAAACGAAAAUAAAGAUCACUGAAAGGCUCGCAAACCAAGCAAAGGGAAUGUUUCUGUGGGCGGCGCUACAAAUGCGUCUGCUUCGGGCUCUACGAGUCAAAACUGAUGGCACCAUUGAGCACGCUCUAUCGACUUUGCCCAUGGAUCUGAAUGAGACGUACGAACGAAUCUUUUCCAGCAUCGAUCGGAGCCUUGCAUCGAAGGCUCUGUUAGCACUGAAGUGGAUUGUACUGGCGAAACGACCACUUUUUAUAGAGGAGGUUGUGGAGGUGUGUGCGUUUAAAGCCGGGCGUCUUCCAUCGCUGGAGACCGAUUCGAAACGUCUCCAAGCUUACAACCUUUUCGAACUCCUACAAGACCUGGUCGUUAUCGAACCUCAUCUUGACAUCGAGGAGAGCGGCACGCGAGCCAUGGCCCACGUCCACACGGUGACCCUGGCGCAUUUCUCACUGAGCGAAUAUCUGAGCCCCGCCGAAGGGGUUCCGAACAGCAAUCGCAUCUUUCAAAUAUCUCCAAGCGAGGAUCAUGCCCUCAUCGCCAAGAGCUGCCUUUCCUAUCUCUAUCAUUUCAACACAAAGACGAACCGAGAGAAUGCGAACGUCCUGCUGGAAUAUGCAUGGUAUAACUGGGAAAAGCAUAUCAUCACAUGUUCUAACGCGGCCGAUGAGCAAGUCCGCGUGCGGCGAAAGGCCAUGCAGCUGUACGAGAUUAUCCAGGGAUGGAGUGAUCUUGACCCAAGUUGCGAUCCGUCGUCGCACAGCGAGAUAUCAAACCAACUGCUGGAAUCAUUGGACUGGCUUCCACAAGGGGAAGUGGCGAAAAUGGUGCAAGCUCUCGGUAUACCCUACUUCCACCCCAACAUCGACGAAUUCUUAGCUGAACGAAUUUCCGAAGAGGACUUUUAUGAACCCCUCUCUCAGCCCACGGACAUACGACUUCUAUAUUUACUUCCUUCUCUGGACAAGCGAAGACGGACACUAUGCCGCAUGGCCCGCGCUAGCCUAGGCAGCCUGCCGGAAUUCUCUGCUCUCUCUUAUGUGUGGGGAGGGCGCGACAUUAGGCAUUCAGUCUGCGUCAACGGCUUCAAGAUAAAAGUCACCAGGAAUCUUUCUGAGAUCCUUGCAACACUCUGCGCUCAAGAGUUCGGUCAAGCUCCAGCUCUCUGGGUCGACGCAAUUUGCAUCAAUAGGCUAGAUCUCAGUGAGCGGGGACAUCAAGUCAGCCUCGUAGGCGAGAUAUAUCGAAAAGCGAAGGAAGUCGUUCUAAGCAUAGGUGGUGAUUUACCCGGCGACGAAGAAGGCAUUCAAGCACUGACACAUCUUGGCUCUGUGGAUACUUCCCAAGUCUCUAGAAGUCGAGCGCCUCUUACGGAUGACCAACGGGAAGGAAUCUUCCAGAUAUUCGAUCACGAAUUCUGGAAAAGGAUGUGGACAAUACAAGAGCUCGCGCUCGCUCGACGGGGGACCAUGUUGGUUGGAUCAUUGAGCAUUUCGAUUGACGUGAUAGAGGAAGUCUUUCGACGAGUGUUGCAGCCGGACAGCACCCAUAGGGACGACUACGACCCCUCGACAUGUCUCUUCCUGAGAGACAAUCGCUUACGUUACGCCAGAGGCAUGAUCCUCACGCGUAUUCAGUACAAGGCACGUGGUCGCCUUGAGCUUCCUGAACUACUCUGCCGAUUUCGGCACCAUCCCUGCACCGUUCCACAGGACAAAAUCUAUUCCGUCCUAGGACUCAUUGGAUAUAUGUGUGAGGAGCUUCGACCGGACUACUCAAAGAAUGCCUAUGACGCUUUCCUGGAUGCUGCAGUGGUAAACUUGCGGCAUUACGGAGUCCUCAACAUUCUUUCUCACGUGUCAGACGAUAAUGACAUCAAACUUCUAGAAGAGGGGCUUGCGCCUCUAAUGAGGGAUUCCGAUCCGGAACUGCCUUAUCGUAAAAGACCAGAGGAGCCUUUUCGUGCAAGACUGAGGACCUUUCUGUACGGGGGGGUUGGGCCUUCAUGGCUCCCAACUUACCAACAUCGCAGGACUCCUUUUGUUUCCUGCGAAAAAGCAGCGGGUAUCUUCAAAGCAGGCGGGGAUGCUUCUGUACGUGUUCACAUCGAACGCAGCUCCGAAAUCGCCAGAUUGAAGGUAGCAGGCCGUGAAGUCGAUUGGGUAGCGUCCACCUUCUCUGGCCAGGACAGGAGCGAGCGAGGACUCCAAGCGAUGAUCAGCUACCGAGGGGCUCGGCUCAUUUGCUCAAUCGUAGAAUUCUGGGAUGUUUUGUUGGCUGGUCAGUCCUACGACGGUUGUCGGCUCGCUGAAGGAUCAGUCAAUGGCGUCAGAGUUCCGCCAACGACAACAGAAGAGGAAUCGAUAUUUCUCCAAUCGGGGGCUAUGCAGCACUGGCCCAAUUUUAUCGCCGGUCGUAAGCUAUUCCUUACGGCGUCUGGUGUUCUCGGCUUAGGUCCGCAGUGCAUGCGGGAAGGAGACGUGGUAGUGGUUUUUGCCGGUGGCCCUGUGCCUUACGUGCUUCGAAGGACGUGCGAAGAGGACUGCGGUGAUUGCUUUCGGUUUGUCGGAGAAUGCUACCUGCACGGUUUCAUGGACGGAAAAGCUGUCCAGGGCCACGAGGACGACGAAACCUUCUGGGAGACCUUCUGUAUACACUAAGUGUGGAAUAUCUCGCCACAACAGUUCAGGCCUGGGAUAGGGAGGGAAGAGAGUUCAACAGCGCCUGUACCGCAAGCACCUUACGCCGUGAAAUUCUGGUGCUACGACGCUGAAGGGCCCAUAGCUUCGACGGUGCAACUUGCAAUCUGCAUGUACAUGAGUAGCCGUGACGGCA